UCCGGAAACCACAACGAAACCGAACCGACACAAUCUUCCAUUUUCAAUCGAGCUACUACAGUGUACCAUGGAAUUGGCGUACCAAUACACGAAGCCGCGGCGGACAUUUGGACGGUACUGCGACUUCAAGCACGUGGAUGCCAAGGUGAUCGAGUCCAUUCCUUCCACAGACCAGUUCGAUCAUGACUACGUGAAACGGCGACCGAUGAUCGGACGCUUGGACACGACGUCCGACAUGUCCGAGCACGAGGUCAACACGGAGCGGUUGGUGACGAAGAAUAGCAGCAUGCGUCAUGUGGAGGGUGGCUGGCCCAAGGAUGUGGACUCGGCAGAACAAAACGACGUCCAACGUUUCCGAAAAAAGGUGGAAAAGGACGACGAGUACAAGCAAGCGGUCAAGUUUCUUGGCCCUGUCGCUGAACGCGGCCUCAAGCAAAACAACACGAUCAACAUCUAUCAAGAUUAUUUUGCGCACAUGGGCGAACCUGCGACGACGGAGCAGCCUAGUGCCAAAGGGUUGGCCGUGUUUCGAGACCCCGAGUCGGUUCGACGAACGGUGUCCAAGAUCGAUUGGCAUCCAGAGUCGCCGCAACGCAUGGCGGCAUGCUACUGCAUCCUCAACUUUCAAGAUCCCAAGUUCGUCAACUCUCGAAUGCCGUCCAAUAGUUACAUUUGGGACGUGAUGAACCCCAACACUCCCGAAGUCGUCCUCAAGCCACUCAGUCCGCUGUGUUGCUUGCGCUACAACCCAAAGAGUGUGGACCAACUUGUCGGCGGCUCGUACAACGGACUCAUCUCGUUCUUUGACAUUCGCAAGUCCGGGAGCUCGCCCGUUGAAACGUCGAUGAUCGAACACUCACACCAUGACCCUGUGUACGAUGUGUUUUGGAUCUCAUCCAAAACCGGGAACCAGUGCUGCUCGGUCUCGACGGACGGGUCGAUGCUUUGGUGGGACAUUCGGCACUUGGCCCAACCCACUCAUCGUAUCUUGUUGUCUGACAAAGACGGCCAAGUGCUUGGUGGCUCAAGCAUGGAAUACAACACCGAAGCAGGUCCAACCAAGUACCUCGUCGGGACAGAACAGGGCGUGGUGCUGUCGGUGAAUUUGCGCAACAUCAAGCAAAACAACGGGAUUGUCGUGUACGACACUGGCGCGGGGAAGCAUCACGGUCCCAUCUACACAAUCCAGCGCAACCCGAGCCACAACAAGUUCUUCAUGACGAUUGGCGACUGGACCGCGCGGGUGUGGUGCGAAGAUCUCAAGACUCCCAUCAUGAGCACCACGUACCACGAGUCGUACGUGACCUCAGGGUGCUGGAGUCCUACCCGCGCCGGUGUCUUCUUUGUCACACGCAUGGACGGGGUGGUGGACGUGUGGGACUUCUUCUAUCGGCAGAACGUUGCCGCGUACUCGCACAAGGUUGGGGACGUCCCGCUGUCGGCGAUCAGUGUGCAGGGCAACAGCCAAUCAGGAGGCAAGUUGGUUGCCGUGGGCGAUUCGAAUGGGAUGAUCUCGCUGCUGGAAGUGUCGGACGGGCUCGCGAUCCCACAGUCGAACGAGAAAGCGGCGAUCAACGGCAUGUUCGAGCGCGAGACGAAGCGAGAGAAGAACCUGGAAGCGCGGGAGAAGGAGCAGAAGCGGAAGAAGGCGACGAUGGACGAAGGCAAGGUGGACGAACUGCCGUCGACCAAGGACGAAAAGAUGGAGGAAUUGCUGCGCACGGUCGAUGCCAACUUCCUCAACAUGAUCAAAGAGGCCGAAGACACGGAGAACAAGAAUAUGGAGCACAAGACAGACAGCAUGAAGCCAGGCGACGAAGACAAUUAGGCGAGGCCGCUGAACGUAGACUAUGUAGUACAAGUAGCAAGCCCAACAAACGAUCGAUUUCUAUGCGUUUGACACGAAUGUCGUCCAUAGAUUUCAAACCGCAGCGAGACAACCUACCAUCGUGGCCCAUAUCACAACAUUGACAAAGUCCACAUGUUCAGUACUAUGCUGUAUCGAGG